AUGAUGCGCGGAUUGUGGAUUUUGGCUACCCUCGGCCUUGUGGCUGCAGAAGACGGGUUGAAUGGCUGGCUGCGGUACGCGCGGUUACCUGGUAAUAAUACCAAGCAAGCCAUCGUCCCGUCAAGCAUAGUCGCCCUCAACAGCACCGAGACCAGUCCUGUCUAUGUCGCCGGCCAAGAACUGCAGAAGGGCAUCAAGGGCAUCCUUGGGAAGACAGUCGAUGUGACGUCUGAAAGCGUCGAUGGCCCUUCUAUCGUUGUGGGAACCAUUGACGCGUUUACUGCCGCCGGUGGUGAUACCGACGUCAUUCCUGAGCUCGAAGAGGAUGGCUUUUGGCUCAACACCGAGGGCGACACGAUCGAGAUCGUCGGGCAGAACGAAUGCGGCGUUCUUUAUGGGGUCUUCGAAUACUUGUCCCUUCUUGGACAAGGGAAUUUCACCAAGGUCACAAAAGCUACGAACCCCAGUGCCUCGAUUCGAUGGGUCAAUCAAUGGGACAACAUGGAUGGUACCAUUGAGCGAGGCUUUGCCGGACUCUCAAUUUUCUUUGAGAAGAACGUCACUGUCGCCAACACGACUCGAGUCUCAGAGUACGCCCGCCUACUGGCAUCGAUCCGUGUCAACGGUAUCAUCGUCAACAACGUCAAUGCGAACCCCAUCAUCCUGAGCGAUGAGAAUAUGGCGGGACUGGGCAGGAUCGCUGAUGCGAUGAGGCCUUGGGGCGUUCGAGUCGGCAUAUCGCUCAACUUCGCUUCGCCUCAGACGUUUGGCGGUCUGAGUACCUUUGGUCCGUUGGACGAGUCUGUCAUUGCCUGGUGGGGUGACAUCACGAACAAGCUCUACGAGAAGGUGCCCGAUAUGGCCGGUUAUCUCGUGAAGGCGAACUCUGAGGGCCAGCCCGGACCGUUGACAUACAAUCGCACGCUUGCUGAGGGUGCCAACUUGUUCGCCAACGCUGUGAAACCUCAUGGAGGUAUCGUCAUGUUCCGUGCGUUUGUCUAUGACAGUGUGAACCUGAACGAGAGCAACUGGAAAGACGAUCGCGCAAAUGCGGCCGUUGACUUCUUCAGAGACCUAGAUGGCGAUUUCGAUGACAACGUCGUCGUGCAAGUCAAAUAUGGGCCGAUUGACUUUCAGGUCCGCGAGGCGCCGUCCCCGCUGUUCGCCCACCUGCAGCAGACGGCCUCGGCCAUUGAAUUGCAAGUCACGCAGGAAUACCUCGGCCAGCAAUGCCAUUUGGUGUAUCUGCCUCCGCUAUGGAAGCAAAUCCUUAACUUCGACCUUCGCGUGGAUGGCGAGAAAUCCGUCAUCGGUACCGAUAUUCUCUCUGGCAAGCGCUUCGGCAAGGAACUCACUGGCUAUGCCGCCGUGGUCAACGUUGGCCACAAUGCGACGUGGCUCGGCUCUCACCUUGCCAUGUCCAAUUUGUACGCGUACGGUUGGCUCGCUUGGGACCCUACCGACAACGAAGUGACGAUACUGCAAGAUUGGACGCGCCUCACAUUUGGAUCUGACAAGACUAUCAUAGACACCAUCACGAAGAUGUCGAUGGAGUCGUGGCCCGCCUACGAGAACUACACCGGCAACCUCGGCAUCCAGACGCUCACCGACAUCACCGGCCCGCACUACGGCCCGAACCCGCAAUCCAUGGACAACAACCCCUGGGGCCAAUGGACGCGGGCCGACGCCACCAGCAUCGGCAUGGACCGCACCGUCUGGAACGGCACCGGCUUCGCGGGACAAUACCCCAGUGAGAUCGCCGCGCAAUUCGAGACCAUCGAAACGACACCCGAGGAGCUCCUUCUCUGGUUCCACCACGUGCCAUACACCCAUGUUCUGAGCACCGGCGCGACCGUGAUUCAGCACUUCUACGACGCGCACUAUGCAGGCGCCGAGACAGCUGCGUCGUUCCCGACGCAGUGGGCCAAGCUCGUCGGCCUCGUUGACCCGCAGCGCUUCGACGAGACGUUGUUCCGGCUUAUGUACCAAGCCGGCCACGCCAUCGUGUGGCGCGAUGCCAUCAGCCAGUUCUACCACAACAUAUCCUCCAUCGCGGACGAGAGAGCCCGCGUCGGCAGCCACCCCUGGCGCAUCGAGGCGGAGGACAUGCAGCUGAACGGAUACAGAAUCACGGUCGUAACGCCGUUCGAAGUCGCCUCGGGGCUGCGCAUCGUGCAGACCGUGGACAACACCACGGCCGCGAGCGUGAGCACCACGCUGAACUACCCGGCCGGCACGUACGACCUUGCUGUUGGGUACUACGACCUGUACGAGGGCAAGGCGAGCUACGAGCUGUUCCUCAACGACGAGAGUCUGGGGUCUUGGGUGGGCGAUCUGGAGGACAGGCUGGGGUACACGCUUACGAGGGGGAUUGAUGGACACUCCGCUACGCGCGUCACGUUUAGGAGGGUUGCGAUUGAGGAGGGCGAUGUGAUGAGGAUUGAAACUGUGCCGAAUGGCCGAGAGACGGCGCCGCUGGAUUAUCUUGCGGUGCUGCCGCCGGGGGUGGUGGAUCAGGGGGUCUUGGGGGCUGGGUACGUUCGUGGCUUGAAUACGAUUCAAUAUUUCAAAGACCGCGUCUACUACGGGUUGUGA